AGUAAAGUAAAUUUUGUAAUACUUUUCUUAAUAAGACAAAAAAAAUAAUUAGAAUAAUGAGUGGUAUUAAAAAAACUAGUGUAAUUAUAAACGAUAGUAUAACAUCAUUGAUAAAUUUUAUGAAUAAUUUACAAAUGUAUGUUGAUAUUUGUCGUAAUCGCAUAAAAGAAGAUUACAAGAAAUAUCUAUCAAAAUUACCUAAAGACAUGUCAGAGUCAUUACACGAUCAGUAUGAACGUUCCGACAUGCUCUACAACAAAUUUAAUAAACUACUGAACAAAUUUUCUGUAGCUAUUGCUCAGGAUUACACGGACAUACUGACAGUGGGUACGGAAAUAAAUGGAUUGAGGCAAAAGUAUGAACUGAUGGUUGCUGAAUUCAAUAACUUCAUGACUAGUCAGUACAAGGAUGCAAAUUAUACAAGAAAUGUCAAAAAAAAGUUGAAGGAGUUCGAAAGAGUAGUCAGGAAACAUAACAAAUUAGUCGUGACUUACAACAAUCAGAUUGAGAGGCUGAUUACAUUUGAUAAACAUUUGAAAAUGAAUGUGAUAAUAUAUAUGUCUAAUCAUAAACGAAAGUUCGUGAUUCCGGUUAAAGACUAUGUUGAAGAAUUUGAAAGUUUGGUCGAUGAUGAUACUUAUAAGGCAAGGGGUCAAGUAAUAUCGCGGUAUCUUAUGGAUAUGGUUGGAAAAUUGAAUAAUGCAAGUCCUGGAUUCCCAUUGAUACCGAUUGCUAAAUUAGAAAAAAUAGAUUUUCAUGAUAAAUUGAAAGCUGAGGAACUAAAGGUUGAGAGGGAUUAUGAUUUAGAAGAUUUGAAGGGUAAGGAUGUCGGUGCAGGAUGGAAUGAAAGCCCGAAAGAUUUCAAGGGUAAGGAAAUGGGUAAAGGAUGGAAUGAAAUCCCGAAAGAUUUAAAGGGUAAAGAAUGGAAUGAAAUGGCCAAAGAUUUCAAGGGUAAGGAAGUGGGUAAAGGAUUGAAUGAAAUCCCGAAAGAUUUCAAGAGUAAAGAAUGGAAUGAAAGGUCGAAGGAUUUUAAGGGUAAGGACAUGGGUAAAGGAUUGAAUGAAAGCCCGAAAGAUUUCAAGGGUAAGGAAAUGGGUAAAGUUUGGAUUCAAAGCCCGAAAGAUUUCAAAGUUGAGGAAAUGAGUAGAGAAUGGAAUAAAAGGCCGAAAGAUUUCAUGGGUAGAGAUGUAGAUAAAGGAUGGAAUGAGGAUAGGAAGGAUAAAAAUUCAAAAUCCAAUAAAAAUGAAGAAACAGAUCAUAGAACUGAAAUGGCAUCAAUUAAAACUAAGCCUAAAGAGACGACAGACUUUCAGAUGGAAACAGAUGAAUUACAGGAUCAAAAAGCGAAACCUAAAAAUGUAGAAAUAGAUCGUCAAACUGAAACGGCAUUAAUUACAACUGAGCCUAAAGAGAAAACAGACUUUAAGAUGGAAAUCGCUAAAUUACUGGAUUAUGCUCCUAAAACUAAAGAUUAUAAAAAUUCAAAUUAUUAUGACAUAAGUAAUAGUAGACCAUCUCUUCGUGUACUUUCUGAAAAAGAAAUCAAUGAUAUUUUGGAAGCGGAGUAUGGAAGUAAACAGGAAGCUAUAGAUAAUAAGCCUUUUGAAAAGACAGAAAAUAAUUAUAAAGCAGAAAAUAAAGAUUCGAAAGAAAUUAAUGAACAAAAUAUAAACAUGCCUAAAAAUGAGCAUCCUGUAGAUUAUCAAAGUUUACCAUCAGUGGAUUCAUCAAAUGAACACAAUUUUGACGAAAAUAAAUAUUAUUAUGAACUUGAUUUUGAUGUGUCAGAUGACAUGCCAGGAACAAUUGGUCCAGGAGGAUCAUUUGAAGAUGACAAUCAAUCUUUAGGAAGUAGUGAUCAGAAUUUUAAAAGUCUAGAAGAAGAACUGAGAUAUGCAGAUGAAUAUUUUUACCAUAGAGCCGAAGAAACUAAACCAAGUUCGAUGCAAAAUUUAUUAGAAUCUAAAAAUUCAAGCCUUGUGACAUCACCUAUAGAUAAACGGCAUCCGGCAGAUGAUCAAAGUUCAUUAUCAGUGGAUUCGCGAAACGACAAACAUCUUGAAGGUGAUUCUGUUGUUCAGACUGAAUUCCUUGAAGACUCGAAAAGCGCUCCGUCAGUUGAUGAAACUGAAAAAAUAUCACGAGAACCGACACGUGAAAUUACUAGAGAGAUUUUGAAGGAAAUAGAAAACCGUAAAAAUUUUGAGAAAACUGAAAAUGUCAUUACUAAUAAAUUCGAAGAAGGAUUCGGUGUUGAAGAGACAGAUGAUAUGCCGGAAGCGAUUAGUCCAGCUGGUGCUGGCAGCUUGAGCAAAAAAUCAGUUCAGUUGAGAAAAGAGAAGCUAAAAGAAGAAUUAAAACCACGAAUCAAAAAACAACGAACAGACCGUCAUGAUUAUGAAGAAGAAUCAUUUGAAAAUGAUAAUCAAUCUUUAGGAACGAGUGAUUUUGUAAUUGAACCUUCAGUUCUAGUACCAAAUAAUCCAGAACAAGAAGAAGAAGUAGAAGGUACAGAAAUGAGUGAUCAAGAAAAUGAAGAUGAAAAUGUAGAAAUGACAGAAGAUUCGAGAGUAAUUCGCCAAAUCAAUUCCAGACCAAAAUUUCCGUCAAAUAAAAUUAGGCAAUCUAAGACUAUUGGUGUGAAGAAAUAUAUAGAUUUACUUAAAACAUCUAAGCGAAAUCCUAAACUAAAAUCUAAAAUAAUCUCCUCAAUUUCAAAAGAAAAAAAACCCGAAUACGCUGAUGAAAUGAAAACACAAUAUGUUGUUGGAAAUAGUGAGACAUCACAAUUAACAACUUCUGAUAUUUCUGACGACAGUCAACAAGUUACUGAAAAAUUACCUAUGCAAACAGAGGAAGCACCAUCUGAAAUUUCCGAUGCAGCUUAUGGCUGGUCUUCAAUUUUUGAAGACAGUCAACAAGUACCUGAAGAUUUAUCGGUGCAAAAAAAAGAAACACCAUCUGAAAUUUCUGAUGCAACUUAUAGCUCUUCAAUUUAUGGAAACAGUCAACAAAUACCCGAAGAUUCAUCUGUGAAAAGAAAAGAAACACCAUCUGAAAUUUCUGAUGCAACUUAUAGCUCUUCAAUUUAUGGAAACAGUCAACAAAUACCCGAAGAUUCAUCUGUGAAAAGAAAAGAAACACCAUCUGAAAUUUCUGAUGCCACUUAUAGCUCUUCAAUUUAUGGAAACAGUCAACAAAUACCUGAAGAUUUAUCUGUGAAAAGAAAAGAAACACCAUCUGAAAUUUCUGAUGCAACUUGUAACUUGUCUUCAAUUUCUGGUGACAAUCAACAAAUUACUGAAAAAUUACCUGCGCAAACAGAGGAAGCAGCAUCUAAAAUUUCCGAUGCAACUUAUAGCCUGUCUUCAAUUUCUGGAGACAGUCAACAAGUACUUGAAGAUUUAUCUGUGCAAAGAAAAGAAGCACCAUCUGAAAUUUCCGAUGCAACUCAUAGCUCUUCAAUUUUUGGAGACAGUAAAUCAGUUAUUGAAGAUUUUAUUGGUCGGACAGGAGAAAAUCCCGCAAGUUCUGUUGCAACUGAUGAUUCUAAUAUAGAUUCAGUACAGCAAUUAGUUACAGAUCAAGUUCCUGAAAAACCACCAGGUUCUGAAAGCUCUGAAUCUAAGAUUCUUUCAGACGAUAGUUCGUCACUCUUGAACAAGAGCUCUACACCAAAACAAAAAUUACCACGUAAAAGGCCUUCUGAACCAAUAUCGAUGAUUCGUAAGGAGCUACAUAGUAAAAAAAGUAAAACUCUUCAACGAAAUCAGAAACCAGCAAGUGAAAAUCAAACCGCCGAUAGAAGAAGAAUAUCCAAAAGAUCUGUAAAUACUGAAGAAGUAGAUACAAUUGAACCAAAUGAAUCAAAGCAGGAAAAAAGAAAACGGCUUUUAGUAGAAUCUGAAAAAAGUAGUGAGUCUACUGAAGAAAUUGAAUCGAAAUUAAAAAAGAAGCCUGACCAAGACAAUGAUUCAACAAUGACUGAGGUCAGCGAAUCAUCAAGUCCGUCUGACCAAGAUGAUUAUAUCAAAUCACAUGACUUGGAAAUGAGACCUGCAGUUAAAGAUAGUUUGAAUGAAAUAAAAAGACGAUGUAAAUUUAUUACAAGAGCUGCAAAAAAAGCUCCGUCUGUUGAUAGUGAUCCAAAAUUUAAAUCGCGGUACCGUAAGGUCUUGAGUAAUUCUAAAAAUGUCAAACCGGAAGUGAAAGAUAAUGAAGAAGUAACAAAGUCGGAUGAAAUUAAAAGAGAUUAUAUAUCAAAAUUGACACAUCCGAAACGGUACAUAACAAGAAGUUAUACGUUGAACAAAAAAUAACAAAAUUGGUUACUUUUUAUUAUUAUUGAGCAAU